AUGUUCAAUCCUCAAAAACAGAACAACUUUGUCAUACAAAUACGAGGUUCUAACCCUCCUCAAACAAAUCCAUCUCCAACCCCUACCUUCUCAUCCAUGAAGAUCUUCAACCGCUUUCGUCGUAUUUUCAUGAGGUUUAUGUUCUCUAUCCCAUCCUCUAAGGCCACCACGAGCAGCUCGGGUGGUGGUUCCGCCGGCUUAAGAAGGCGGUCAUGUGAUCGGCCUGAUCCUCCAAGAAGAUGGAGGAAGGAAAUCGGAUUUCAUGGUACUUCCUUGUCUUGUGGGCGGGUUAAGAGGGUAUGCUUUGUGUUGAUUUGUCAUUUAAGUAAUUUUAUCUAA